AUGCCCCCUCCUGCAGACGGGGGAGGUCACUGGAUGGAUAAAUUAGACCAGCUGACGCAGGGAACAAAGUUGGCCUUGGGUGAUUUCAGAGCAGUGGCUGCGAGGUGCCUCACUAAACAUUCUCUGCAGGAAAUAGAGGAAAUGGCAGGGACACUCACUCGCAGCGAUGGUGUGACUCUAACAGACGUAGUGCUGGGCUUGGGGGAAGCCAUGCGGGAGAUGUUCCCCGCCCCAAGUGGGGCUAGCAUGCCAAAAUUUUCGUGGGAGUCUAAAACACCCCCCAGAGAAUAUCUGGACAAAUGUAAGGAGGAUUGGACGCGGAGAACUGGGUGUCACCCGGGGCAGGCGGGGGUUCAGCAGGAGUGGUUCCGGCGAGCGGUCCUGGAAGGUGUCCCUGAGCAAGUGAAAGUAGCUAUGUUAGCUAAUCCUGACCUCCCAGGCGCUGAGUCCCCCGUGUGGGAUAGACAUGUGUUGCAUCAUCUUCAGAGAGCGAGGGACGAGGCCACAAAAGAGGAAGGAGGUCUGAAAGAUUUACAGACACAGUUGUUGAAACUGCAGGUGGGAGAAGCGAGACAAAAAGCACAGGCUCACAAAAAGGAAAGGCAGGGGAGACAGAUGGUGGCAGGAGCACCACCACCCCAGUUCGGCCCAUGGGUUGGACAAACCCCCAACUACAGUAAUCAGGGUUGGGGUCCCCAGCAAUGGGGAAGAGGCCGUGGGGGCCGAGGCCGGGGAGCCGGGAACUGGGGAUGGGGCCGGGGUAUGUCGCAGAGGUGGCCACCGCAGGGAGCUUGUUUCCGGUGUGGGGCUGUGGGUCAUUGGGCCAGGGAGUGCGGAGCAGGACAGGCCCAAGGAGGACCCCCAGCAGGACAAGCGACUGCACCCAAUCCACAGGCUGUUCCCGGAGGAGGGCAGUACCCCACCCUUACAGGAUCCGAGGACUGGGAGUGGGGAGACCCCUCCCAGUGA